UCCACAAGGAUGUGAAUCAGCAGAGAUGGGCCACAGGCUGGUCCUGGUGGGGGUGGUUCUGAUGCUGACUGCCGUGACUCAAGUGAUUUCUGCGGACAGUCGCGGGGUCUGCCGUUUCCUUCAGGAGAAGCCAGACGAAGUUCCUUUCUGCUUCGUCUCUCGAGGAGAACCGUUGUUUCUCCAUGUGGAUCCUGGCCCACAAUUCCUGGAACAGGAAGUCAUACUGCAGAAUGGAGAUGUGCCUAUCGCACGAUCCAUCCCCGGGCCUGUCUGGGAUUACAGUCUCUAUCCAGGGUACUCGAGCCGGGCUGAGUUCUUCUCUAAUGGAACAUUGUUUUUAGAUCAGGCUGAGAGGAGAGACACAGGGAGAUACCAUCUGAGAACCUACAACACCGCUGGAUAUCUGCUGUGGGACCUCAGGCUGGACCUGGAGAUUCAAGUCUCCGUGUCUGAGCCAGUCCUGUCUCUCAUCUGUCUGUCUGGAGGAGAGACUCAGGUCACAUGUUCUUCAGAGGGAGAACCUAUGGAGUACCGCUGGAGUCUGGACAGCCAAUCAGUAGCCAAUCAACCAAUUAGUAUCUCCAACCAAUCUCAUCACAUCACCACCAUCACCUUGCCGGGCCAUAUGACAGGAAAUCUGACCUGCAAAGUUAUGAAUGAUGUCAGUACCAGCAUUAACACAAUCCACCUCUCCACCUGCUCAGUGGUCUCUGAGCGGCUCCUGUAUAUGGUGUUGAUCAAGGGAGUGGCUGUGAUGGCCGUCAUCCUCCUCCUCCUCGUCUCGCUGUGUGUUUGGCUCAGUCAAACCUCCAGGCCCCGCCCCUCCAGUACAGGAGAUGUUGAUGAGAAGGUGGACCUUGAUGACAUCAUCUAUGUAGAGGUGGUGAAGGGCUGUAAGACAGAUGGAGAUCAGGCCCCUCCUCCUUUUGACAAAGUCGUCUACGGCCAAAUCAGGAUGGACCAACUGGAACAAGAAAGCUGAGAUGAGGGGCAUAUCAGCUCUCGAUAGUAGCUAUCGAACCAAACAUAGUAGUUAGACAUAGUGAUUUAGAACUAAACAAAGUGGUUAUUGAUCU